CGGAAGCGGCCGCAACAAGGGAAACUUUAUUGUUCCCGUUGGGGCCGCGAGGAUGUCGGUGAAUUACGCUGCGGGGCUGUCGCCGUACGCGGACAAGGGCAAGUGCGGCCUGCCGGAGGUCUUUGACCCCCCUGAGGAGUUGGAGCAGAAGGUGUGGGAGCUGGCGCAGCUGGUCUGGCAGUCCUCCAGCGUGGUGUUCCACACAGGCGCAGGCAUUAGCACCGCCUCAGGCAUCCCCGACUUCAGGGGCCCCCAUGGCGUCUGGACGAUGGAGGAGCAGGGCCUGGCACCCAAGUUCGACACUACCUUCGAGAACGCGCGGCCCACGAAGACCCACAUGGCCCUGGUACAGCUGGAGCGCGUGGGCCUCCUCCGCUUCCUGGUCAGCCAGAAUGUGGACGGGCUGCAUGUGCGCUCCGGCUUCCCCAGGGACAAGUUGGCAGAGCUUCACGGAAACAUGUUUGUAGAAGAAUGUGUCAAGUGUAAGACGCAGUACGUCCGGGACACCGUCGUGGGCAGCAUGGGCCUGAAGGCCACCGGCCGGCUCUGCACAGUGGCCAAGUCAAGGGGGCUGCGGGCCUGCAGGGGGGAGCUGAGAGACACCAUCCUGGACUGGGAGGAUGCCCUGCCUGACCGGGACCUGGCUCUCGCCGACGAGGCCAGCAGGAACGCGGACCUGUCCGUCACCCUGGGCACCUCCCUGCAAAUCCGGCCUAGUGGGAACUUGCCACUGGCCACCAAGCGCCGCGGAGGCCGGCUGGUCAUCGUCAACCUUCAGCCCACCAAGCAUGACCGUCAUGCCGACCUGCGUAUCCAUGGCUAUGUAGAUGAGGUCAUGAUCCGGCUCAUGAAACACCUGGGCCUUGAGAUCCCGGCCUGGGAUGGCCCCCGUGUGCUGGAGAGGGCGCUGCCGCCCCUGCCCCGCCCACCAGCCCCAAAGCUGGAGACCAAGGAGGAGCCCCCUGCCCAGCACAACGGCCAAGCACCUGCCAGUCCCAAGCAGGAGCCCACAGCGGAGCCCUCCGCCCAGCACAACGGCUCUGGGCCCGCCAGCCCCAAAAGGGAGCGGCUGGACAGUCCUGUCCCCCACAGGCCCCCCAAAAGAGUGAAGGCGGAGGUGGUUUCCAGCUGACCAGGGGGCCUGGGGAGGGCGGGGCUUUUUAUAGAAACUAUGGAUUCUUUUUUUUCUUACUGGUCUCACUUUGUUACUUGUCUCUGUCCUUGGGGGGAGCCCUCAGGGCGCUGAGAGCUGGGCUCCAGACUCCGGGGCAGACUUGCCCUUCAUUGCACCCCCCUUUAGCUCUGGGGGCCUGGGAAGGAGCAUCCUCUCCCUAGACCCUGACCUUGGAGCUUACACCCCCGGCACCUGUUCCUCCCCCUAGCCCCAGCCCCUGACUCAGGAUGUUCUUGGGAGGUGUGGCCAGGCCCUCUCUGGUUUCCAGCCUAAACAGGAAUUAACUCCCUCUGCCCCCCAGGCCCUCAUACUCCCCAACCCCUGCCUACUCCAAAAUGGCCUUCAUAGUCCCUCCACAAGGGAAAGGAGGCAGAGCCACCAUUUAGGAGCCAAACUUCAUGGCAGGACAGACAACAGAGGUUGCACUGCCUUCGGGGCUGGAGGGACAAAGAGGUGGGUCCACUUGGCUUCUACCAGGCUUCCAGAAAAGCCUUCAAUGCAAUAAAAGCAGAAUUUCUUGCA